CUCCACUCCUCUUUCUCCAUUCACUGAGAAAGCUCUGAGCAGAAACGUCUCUCCUCCUUGAAUGGACUCCAUCUCUCCGAGCCAAACACUGUUUUUACGGCUGUUGUGGAGGGAAACAGUGAAGAUCGCAGCUGGUCGUCGUGUAGAAUUUUACUGUAUUUCUUCUCUUCGUGCUGCUGCUGAGAAAAGUUGACUGCUGUGACUUUGCUGUGUCGCCAUGAACUUCUGGUGGACUUAAGGAGUUUCCAGAGCAGCUGUGUGGUGUCGUAAACAACUGAUGGGCAAAAGCCGAACCAGAGAAGACUUGAGAAAGAGAAGAAACAGCUCUUAUAGUGAGCGAAAGACUCUCUAGGAUCCAGCGGGUGGUGGCUGAUUUGGGUUUGUGUCAGACACACAGGCAGGGAGGCAGGCAGGUAGAAAGGUACAGAGUGACAGAUCAAAUUUAAAAAUAGCCUACCUUUGUCCUAGUUUUCUCCCCUGGACCACAAUGGGUUCAGACGUACGUGACCUGAACUCCCUGCUGCCCCCGCUCCCGGCGGGCCCCAGCCCCGGCUGCCCAGCCCUGCCCGUCAGCACGGCCCCUCAGUGGGCUCCCGUCCUGGACUUCCACACCGCCGCCUCCCCUUACUCCUCCCUGGCCGCCCCCCACACCUCCCUGGGACCCCACUCCUUCAUCAAGCAGGAGCCCAGCUGGGGGGCCACCAGUGACCCCCACCACCUCGACACAGACCCUCACUGCGGCCUCAGCGCCUUCACCGUCCACUUCUCUGGGCAGUUCACGGGGACCGGGGCCUGCAGGUACGGGGCGGCAUUCGGGGCACCUCCUCCUCCGCCACCACCCCCCAGUCAACCGUCGUCUGUGGCCGCCCCGCACCACCACCAGCCCCCCAGCAGGAUGUUCAGCAACCCACCUUACCUGACCAACUGCAUGGACACACAGCAGGCAGCCCGCAACCAGACAGGUUACAGCACGGUUGCGUUCGAUGGAGCCGGUAAUUACGGUCACACUCCUACACACCACAGUUCGCAGUUCUCCAACCACUCCUUCAAACAUGAAGACGCUUUUACUCAGCAGAACACUAUGGGUGAGCAGCAGUAUCCUGUACCUCCUCCAGUCUACGGAUGCCACACACCUUCAGACAGCUGUACAGGCAGCCAGGCUCUGCUGCUGAGGAACCCUUACAACAGCGGAAAAAAUUUAUAUCAAAUGACCUCUCAGUUGGAGUGUGUGGCAUGGGACCCUGUCAAUACUCUGGCAUCCACCAUAAAGAGCCACACAGCAGGCUAUGACAGUGACCCCAGCACCCCCAUGGUCUACAGCUGCAGCACACAGUACCGCAUACACACACAUGGAGUCUUCAGGGGCAUACAGGAUGUGCGGCGGGUGCCCAGCAUCGCUCCAGCCAUAGUUCGGUCAGAGAGCAGCGAGAAGCGUCCGUUCAUGUGUGCCUACCCAGGAUGCAACAAACGCUACUUCAAGCUGUCUCAUCUGCAGAUGCACAGUCGCAAACACACAGGGGAGAAACCCUACCAGUGUGACUUCACAGACUGUGGCCGGAGGUUUUCUCGCUCUGACCAGCUGAAAAGACACCAGCGGAGGCACACAGGAGUUAAACCCUUCCAAUGCGAGACGUGUCAGAGAAAGUUCUCUCGGUCUGACCACCUUAAGACACACACCCGGACUCAUACAGGUAAAACAAGUGAGAAGCCGUUUAACUGCCGGUGGCCGAACUGUCAGAAGAAGUUUGCCCGGAGCGAUGAGUUGGUGCGACACCACAACAUGCACCAGAGGAACCUCACCAAGCUCCAGCUGGCCAUCUGAACCUGUGUCCACUGUCCAGCCCAUAUCACAGUUUUAAGUGUAGACAUCUGGGUUGUAUCUGCUUAUAUUUUCUGUUUCUGGUUAGUCCAAACCUGGUGACCCCCUUUGCACCCGUGAAACAGACCUCUGUGGUGGCCAGUGGAGUCCUAAAAGGUCCCUUAAAAAAGUUAAUAGUAGGUGCAUAUCUUUUUUAUUUUCCCAACUAUAUACCACAGUCUACACACACCGUCUGUCUUAGAAACUGUACUGUGACUUUCUGGGUGUGGAAUUUAAAGGGUAAGGCUGGCAAUAUUCUGUAUUUUUCUUAGUACCAACAAAUCCUGUGAAACAAUGUGUGAAAAACGCAGCUCCCUCACAUAAUUUCCUAAAAAGGCUGGGCACUGUAGUUUUUAGAAAAUGUUACUCAAACAGGAGUAAAUAGUGCAUUUGUUUGAGACUAUUUUUAGCUGCAGAUUUGGUGCAGGAGUAUUUAUGCCACCGUAGGGGACAUACAUACUCACUACUACUAGUAUAGUUUCAUGGGAUUGAACUAUAAAUGAAAUACAGAAUCUCACCAGACUUAAAGAAAUCUUUCCUGUAGGUUUGAAUUAUCACUACUACAUUACUCUUCCAGGUUCUCCUGAAAGAACUCACGACUGAAAAAGCAACAUUUUACUUAAGUUUCUGUCUACCAGUAACAUUUUUCCACAGGCAAAAAUGCUGUCAGGCAGAUGUAAAUAUGAAAAUGUACAAAAAGCAAAUAAAACUACAGUACAUUUACUUUACAGAAGGUCCCCAUGCCCAGAGUGUGAAUGUUGGUAUCUUUGCACGUCAAGAAAGUCCAGAAGAAUCUCAGACAAACAUGUUUCCAUCUUAACUCUAAUGUAAUAUGUCAUUCAUCCCCAGUUAUUGGCCACCAUCCACCACCACGUGUACAGUGAGGUUAUGGUCAGCAACAUACAUUCCCCCACAGCUUAAUGUAACUAUCUCUAAUGUUGAACUACUUUGGGAAGGCUUAUUUAUUAUCUUUUUGUGGACAAAAAUUGCUUUCACUGGAAUGAUUUAAAGGGAGUGAGGUGCCAUUCAGUCUCUUUGCCUUUUCUUAUAGUUUUCACGGUUACACCAUGAAAGAUAAUGCUUGGAUUGAUUUAAAGAGAUCAAAUUAAGUGAAAAAUUUGCAUUUAACACCCUGUGCAGUGUUCGCAAUGUAAGCUUUUGGUGUUUUGUCUGGUCAGCAAAAAAAUCUACAUUGCAAACAUAAAUAUGCCUUUUAAGGUUUUGUAUUUAAAAAGCUGAACUUUUUUUGUUUUUGAGUAAUGCGAGGAUUGGAUUUUUUUUUUUCUAGCAGUGCUCAGCGCUCUUGGAGCUCAAUCGUCUUUUGUCUCUGUGGUGUGUAAAUAUUGCUGGACCUUGGCAGUGUUUCAGACACUGCAAGCUCUAAACUAUGUCUGCGUGGUCACACUGGCUCUGUGGCCGGGACAUUAUGGUCAAGAUGUAAAUAAUACUUCUUCACCAUGGGAACUGAACUCUUUCCAUGGGGGAAAAUAUGUAACUUAACUGAUACAUUUUAGACUUUUCUUUGGAUGGAUCCAGGAACUGUUUAUACUGUCAUUCUUUCUUUCAUGUGUAUUAAUAUUUGAGUCAUAAAACCGCAAAUGCGAGUGAAACAUUUUGUACUCAAAAGUGUGAUAACUGAAAAUGAUGCUUUCUCUCUGUGUAAAUGUAUUGUGACUGUUUUGAUACAGUAACAGUUUGUCUCUGUGGUCUUCAGUUAUU